AUGUCUUUCUCGACCAGCGGUUAUGAAAUCGAUGAUUUGCUCAAGUUUCUCGAGGACGCCAUUAAGGGCUCACGUCAGCUUCGUAUUGGGCAGCCUGUCCUGCUGGAUGUGGACUGGGAGGGGCUGUCGUACUACGGCGUUGGACACGCUACUCAUGACCUAGACGUGAGAGGAAAGAGGAAUGCGUACUACCACGCCGUGCUUCAUGAUCUAAUCAUGCACCUAGAGACUCAAAGUUUGAUAUUAUCCGAAGAACUUCUUGUGGAGGAGGGGAAGCAAGAAUUAGAAUUAGUUAAGGAAGAUCGAGUUCGGAUCAAUAUCAAAAUAGCAGAUAUGUGGACUCGAAAGAGGCUGCUGUGGUCGGAAACGCAGGUGGUACCUAAGCGAGAAGAAUCAGCCGACAUGAGCGAAGUAGAGAACUCUUUGAGUUUGCCAGCGGUGCAGGAGCACUGUGAGGGAAUGAAAAUACUAUCAUAUAUCAUAUCCUCAAACCCGACAACACUUCACGAUGUUUGGGUCGAUGUUGAUUACAGGCGUAGUAGGAUCGUGAUGGCUCCCCAAACCCCUUCUCUGAGGUGUUGUAUCAUGCUACCGGCGUAUAACAAAUGUGUCUGUUGUGCUGGUGAAUGCUCGUUCGCUCCCUCAGCCGAUACAAUGGCCGAAAUGCUUUGUUUACAAUCAGCAGCCUCGACCAUUCGGGCCGUGAUGAGUGUUGUGGAGUCCGACAAGACGGAUAAGGCGUCUAGGAAAGCUGCUGCCGAGAGGGUAGGUGAAGCAAUGGAGUUAGUAGCAAGAGUUGCAGUGCGGACGGGAGGUGUUCUCGAUAAGAAAGGCAAGAAAGUACUUGUCGGUGAAAUCAUGUCGGAAGGUUUUGGCCAGUACGAGUUUGAAAGACAUCGAAAACCUAAAGCUCCAGCUCCUCAUCCUUCUUCUUCUCGAAACGUCAUUCGACGUAAACUCGCACCUCCUCUACCUCCUGUAUCUUCCUCCUCGCAUCCUGGUGCGAUCAAUGGACGACAACCCAAUCUGCCCUUGAAGACUUUACAGGGAUUGAAAACUAGACGGACUGAUUCUACCAAGGCUGGAUAUGGAAGGGAGGUGGUUCUCGUCACGCGUAAAUCGGGUCUAGGAACGUUGAUAGGGAGAUGUCGAAGUUUAGUAUUGGAUGAGGGCUACACUACUUUGACGUUGCACGCUUUGAGUGCCGCCAUACCACAUGCCUUACUUCUCUUACACGCUCUCUUGGACAUCCUGCCUUAUCCAAAAGGUUCCGGAGGGAUGUGGUACGAGAUCAAAACUGGUAGUGUUGAAUGUGUAGACGAGGUAUCUACUCUCCCGGAUCUCUCAAAUCCUACCGGGUUAGAAGGGGAGGAGGAGUUUCCUGGGGUUGGAGCUAUAGAGGAAGAUGAACCAGAGCUCAUCCAUACAGAUUCAACUUCAUAUCGGACCACGGAAAUCCCAUCCGAUCCAAAAUGA